GAGACGCCAGACCAGGAGCUCGGCUUCGCGCCAAGUGAAGACGUCGAGGUCAUGAUCCGGGAGGCCACCGAGAGCCCCCAAGGCCAGGCUACGGACGCAGAGGUCCCCGAGGAACCCGAAAUCGUCGCGGCGGCCGAUGGCUGCAACGCCUCGGCCGAGGCCCCCGAGGGCGAAGGCGAGGCUCCGCUCGAUCACGCCGAGGCCCCCGCGGGCGAGAGCCAGGCCGAGGCCCCCGAGGGCGCGGGCGAGGCCGAGGCACCCGAUGGCGAAAUCGCCCAGCCCGACUUGGACCCCGUCAGCGACGCCCCGCCGCGCGAGCCCUACCUGCGCCUGCCGAUGGAGGAGCUCGCGCCUCGGCGGGUCGAGCUCAGGAUCCGCCAGGUCCUCCAGGGCGAGGUCUUCGGCCCGAGCCUCGAAGUCGGCCAGCGCUGGCUGCGGGGGCCGCCGCGGGAAGGCCUCGCGGGCUUCUGGCGCGGCUUCGUCACGGCGACCAUCCACGGCCCACCGCGCGGGCCCUUCUUCGAGUUCGUGAACCUCUGGGGCACGCGGACGCCACCUGGCACGAUGACUCCAUGCUGGAUCGCGGAGCCCUGGGCGCCUCCAGAAGCAGGCCUUGGCGGAGGCCCGCUGACAGGGCUGCCGCCAGCGGGCGAAGGCGGGCAGCCACCUGAAGAAGGCGGCGGCGAGUGGGGCGCGCAUCUCGAGGACGAGGGGGGCGUGAUCGACGUGCCCCCCGAGAUGGAGUUCGCGUUCCUGGACGGCCGCCCGAUGGCUCGGCCCGAGGACUCGGCCCCCCACGCGCGCUGGGCCUUCCACGAGAG